CUAUCAUAUUUUACUAGAAAAAUCAGGAAGUAUGCAUCUAAUGAUGUUGAGUAGGCAAGUUAGGAGCAAAUGAUUCAGACCACUCAGAUGGUCAAGAUGGGACCAGCAGGAGCCCAGAUCAUUCCAUAGUUCCUUCUUUUAGGGAAGCAAAGCAAACAAAUCCUUUCACCCUCCUGCAUAUAAACAAGCACCUUGAGAUUGCAUAAAUAAGUUCUCACCUCCUCUCAAAUUCCUCACCAAAUUUAAUGGAAGGUCGCCGGAAUGAUGUUAUUGGAAAGAAUGACGAUUCGGAUUCUGGUGACAAUUUCUCUUUCAUUAGCAUUGCUAGCCAAGAUCAAGAUCAGGAGGAGUCCCCUACAGAUGAUGAUACCCAUUAUCAAGAAUCUGAUUUCGAGUUUGGUUGUGUUACACCAAGCUCUCCUACUAAUGAUCUCAAUAAGAGCUCUCCUGCUGAUGUUUUGUUCUUCAAUGGUCGCCUUCUACCUCAUGCAUUCCCGUCUGAAUCAGUUAAGAAUAAUUCUGCAAGGAUUAAUGGUCGUUCUCUUGUCAGUAGCCGGACCAGCAGCAUCAGUAGUAGUAAGGAUUCAUUACUUUCAUCUCGCAGCAAUAGCAGGAGCAGCAGUUGCAGUAGUACUGGAAGAACAAGUUCUAGUGAGAACAUUGAGAAGAGAUUGUUUGGUUCAGAACCUUCAGAUGAAAUUUCUGCAAGAAAGUUUGCAAUUUCAAGAAACCAGAUGAAUAGAUCGAUUAGGCAGCAAUCUCAGGUGGUGUCUAAUCAAAAGUGGCAGUUUAUUGCUCCGGCACCAAUCUUAACACCUACUACUUCGGUUCCCCGACGAAAAAGAGGUGAGAAUCUGGUGCCAGAAGAGGUGGGAUCCAAGAAACAGGUGAAGAACAAGAACAAAAAGAGCUCAUGGUUUGGUCCAAGAUUCUUCCGGUCUUUCAUGUCUACCUGCAGAGCAUGCCAUGCCCUUGAACCAUCCGAGAGAGCAAAUCUGAGUUGAAAGGAAAAUUUUGAAUUACAUUAAUAUUACAAAGCUAUAUAUAUGUGAAGGAAUUUCAGAUACUAUUUUUUCAUGAAUUGUUUUUGAUUUGGUUUUGUAAUGAUCCUAGGUUCUUCUUAUAGUAA